UUGUAGUUGGUGCCGCGGAGAGGGACGCGCGCCGCUCCUCUGCUGCACAUCGCACUUUCCAAACACUGAGGAGGAGGUUUUUUUUCAAAAGAAGAAGAAGCCAUGAUGUAGAAUCAGUUGGAGGAUGUGAACAAAUCCUGCAGAUACGGAGCGUUUCCUCUGAGAGUCGCGGACAAAGAGACGGGUUCAAUUCUGCUCCAUCAGCCGCGUCCGGGGCGCUCCGCACGGCGCAGGAGGAGAGGUGCCACUCGCUGCUUCCUCCCGCUGGAUGGAUCCCAGCUCCUCUUCUCUCACUUCUCACUGAGGACUCCCACUUCAUUAACUCCUCUGGUUUCUGGGGUUUUGUUUCCCUCCUCCACUUCCAUCGAUGCCAGCUCAUUUCAUGGAGGGUCGAGUCUGAAGGUGAGGACGACUACUCUGAAGACUCUGCUUCACAAUGGCAACUGGAGUAGCAGCAUGGCUCCCUUUUGCCAGGGCAGCAGCCAUUGGCUGGAUGCCUGUUGCCAACUGCCCCAUGCCUGUUGCCCCCAUGGACAACAGAAAGAGACAGGACGAGCUGAUCAUCCUCAAUGUCAGCGGCCGCCGUUUUCAGACCUGGAGAACCACUCUGGACCGCUACCCAGACACCCUGCUGGGCAGCUCGGAGAAAGACUUCUUUUACAACGAAGAAAUCAAGGAGUACUUCUUUGACCGGGACCCUGAUGCCUUCAGAAGCAUCCUCAACUUCUACCGGACAGGGAAGCUCCACUACCCCCGUCAUGAGUGCAUCUCAGCCUACGAUGAGGAGCUCAUCUUCUUCGGCAUCAUCCCCGAGAUCAUCGGCGACUGCUGCUACGAAGAGUACAAGGACAGGAAGAGGGAGAAUUUAGAGCGGCUGCAGGAUGAUCAAGAGGAGAACAAGGACCAGAAGCUGCCACACAUGAACUUCAGGGAGACCAUGUGGCGAGCCUUUGAGAACCCACACACCUCCACCAUGGCCCUGGUCUUCUACUAUGUCACUGGGUUUUUCAUCGCCAUCUCAGUCCUCACUAAUGUGGUGGAGACGGUGCCCUGUGGUUCCACUGCCAACCAGAAAGACAUGCCAUGUGGUGAACGCUACACCGUGGCGUUCUUUUGUAUGGACACCGCCUGCGUUAUGAUAUUCACAGUGGAGUACCUGAUGCGCUUGUUUGCCGCACCUAGCCGUUACCACUUCAUGCGCUCUGUGAUGAGCAUCAUCGACGUGGUGGCCAUCUUGCCAUACUACAUCGGCCUGGUGAUGACCGACAACGAGGAUGUGAGCGGCGCCUUCGUGACGCUGCGCGUGUUUCGGGUGUUUCGUAUCUUCAAGUUCUCCCGUCACUCGCAGGGCCUUCGGAUCCUGGGUUAUACACUGAAGAGCUGUGCUUCAGAGCUGGGCUUCCUCCUCUUCUCCCUCACCAUGGCCAUCAUCAUCUUUGCCACGGUCAUGUUCUACGCUGAGAAGGGCUCCAGCUCCAGCAAGUUCACCAGCAUCCCAGCUUCUUUCUGGUACACCAUCGUCACCAUGACAACGCUGGGUUACGGGGACAUGGUGCCAAAAACCAUCGCUGGAAAGAUCUUCGGCUCCAUCUGCUCCCUGAGCGGCGUGCUGGUGAUCGCUCUGCCCGUCCCCGUCAUCGUCUCCAACUUCAGCCGCAUCUACCACCAGAACCAGAGAGCGGACAAACGCCGCGCUCAGAAGAAAUCCAGACUGGCCAGGAUAAGAAUAGCCAAGUCCAGCAGCGCCAACGCCUUCAUCCAGAGCAAACGCAACGGGCUGAUCAACGAGCUGCUGGAGCUCACGGGUACAGACGAAGAUGAGCAGAAGCUGGCCAAGUCCAUGUCUCUGUUAGAGAGCCAACACCACCACCUGCUGCACUGCCUGGAGAAAACCACCUCUCAUGCGUUUGUGGACGAGCUGAUCUACGAGCAGAACUGUUUGGAUACGUCUCUGCAGACGUACCCCUCACGCAGCCCCUCCACCUCCAGCCACGACAGCUCAGCCGGUACCUGCUGUGGCCGCAGGGCGAAGAGAAACACUGCUCUGCCAAACGCCAGCACACCCUCGUCCCAUCCCGUGCAGACACGCCAUGGCCCCCUGCAGGAGCUCAGCGCCAUCCACAUACAGUGCAGUGACGCACCAUCACACCCUGCCAGUCGUUCAACCCUCAACCAGAAAACCAGCGACAGAGGCAGGAUCAACUGCAAAAGCGGACGGAUCACCACGGCGAUCAUCAGCCUCCCGACGCCGCCUGCUCUGAGCCCUGAUGGUGACGGACUCCACGGGCCUUCGCACAGGAGGCCUCCACCUGGUCACCCUGCGGCCCCGGGCAUCCAGACUAUCCAGACCACAACGAGCUCAGCUGGCUGCAACAUCGUCAAGGUCUCUGCUCUGUGACCGUGCACAGCGGGAGGACAGUAAAGACGAAGAGGAGGAGGAGGAAGAAGCAGGUUCUACUACAACAAUGGACGCAUCAUGUCCCGUUUCACAGGGUCAACAGGAAGGUGACUGUCCUCCAGGGGCCUCACGGGUUGGACGGAUGAUGUGGAGACAUUACUGUGGCAGAGGAUUGUAAAUAUGAGCACAGAGAAUCACGCUCUCAUCCUGUAUGUACUGUAGAUACGGACAGAACCGCUGCAUUUCUAAUAGUUUCUAACAGCAGGACAGAUGUUCCACUGCAGGUACUGAGGACGAUUCAGACGCUGUCGACGUUCCACAGAUUCACAGUCAAUUUAAAGUGUGAAAUCGUGAAAAGGUUGUUUUUUUUGUUGACUUUUAAAUGUGCUUGAAGGAAGAAGAAGAGAAGUGACUGUGUUUACUUGAAUUUGAUCCGUCUUGUUUGUGUUUUGUGUUUUUGUCUUUUGACGAAAAAUCUGAAAUCAAAAACAGUUUCCCUCGCAGUGUAAUUUGAAAAACUCUGAUGCCAACAUCACAUCGCUGGAUUUAAUGUGUGAGACUGAAAAGUGUCUUUUUUAAUUCAUGUUUGAAAAUAAUAUCUUGUUAUUACAUCAAGGCUGAAAGUAAAUGUUUAGUUCUUUCGUGUUUAAAUUUCUGACUGGAGAUUGACAAAUGAAGUGAGCCUGACCUGAAACUGUAAAAGGUUUUCACGCUGAGGAGAAACAAGAAAGUGGUUCUCAACCUGAUGGUUGAUGAAAAAAGUGACGGUUUGAAGUUUUCAUUUAAGAAUGAAUCCAGAAUUAUUCUACAUUUUUCCUACUGACGGCAAAUCACAUGAAAAUAACCAAAAUCAAGGGUCCCUCAAAUCUUUUUGCUUCCUCAUUCCAGCCCAUUCAUGCUUACACAAAUCAAACAUUUCUUUAAUUGCAUCACAAAUUGAUAGAACCAUAGGCUUACUGUAAUUUUUAGCAAACAUUACAAAAACAAGAGGAAGUGGUGUAUUUGCUUGGGGCCAUUUGAAGAUCUGGUGUCCAUGCUUAUCAGAAAGGAGGAACAUGUCAUAAAGUUGAAGCUCCAGCACAUGUUUAAAGGAGUGUGUGUCUGUGUCAGACUCUUCAAUGGACCAUUCAAGUACCAAACUGUUGUAAAGUGAGAUAUCAUCAAUAUAAUAGUUUUUGGACAAAGGUCUUUGGCCCAGAAUCAGUUUAUCAGGCUGAUACUUUUAGGAUCAGUUCGUUGGUUUUGGUCUUGUCGUGGGAUUUGUUGACAAUAAGAAAUACACACAAUACCUUUCUCCUUCAAAGAAAUUAAAUACAUGCAGUAUUUUCUACUGUAUGAUCCUGUUUGUGUGAAUGCAACUGGUGCUGUUUGUUCUGUGGAAAAAUCUAAAGCUGCAACUCCUCAUGCUGCCUCCACUCGGCGAGGAUCGACGGCCGAGAAGGAAAAUGAAACGCAAAAAAACGACAAUGUGUGUAUUUAUCUUGAGCGUGAGUGGACAUUUUGGGGCCUAGAAGCCAAAAUGCAGAGCACCACUGUGAUCCAAACAACCACAAGAGGAAACAGUUCAUGUUCAACUUGAACGGAAACUGAAAGUCUUCACUUGAAGCUGGUUUAAAAAUGGAGGGAAAUGGUGAAAUAUGCAAAUGUGGAAAUAGUUCUUGGCGCCCAGUCACUGUCUAGAAAUGAUUUCUCUUUCCUGCCUUUUUAACCUUAAACACACAUUUAUAUAUAUCGUCUUCAUUUGAACCAUUUUGUCUCUCAAGUUAAAAUGAUUCUCACAGAAAAGACUGAAUGAGGUGCAUGAGGUGACAUUUUAGAUCGAACACAUGUUUCCUCUGUGAAAUAACUGAGCUGUUUUUUACAGUUUGAAACAGUUUAACAAAUUUUAAAUGUGUUUUGCAUCUUUAAAAUUACAUUUGUAAAGAAUUGCCAAAGUGUAGAAAUGUGUAAAUAAGCCAGUUUGACCAAAAUAAUCCCAUCUGAUGAUCCACAGAACGUUCAGCACAUUUCUUAGAGAGAAGAGCUGUAUAAUAAAUAAUAAUGGCUACUGAGCAAAUUCCAGAUAUGAUGAAAAAAGCUGAAAGGGACAGAAAAAACUAGUAAGUGGUUCAUUACUUGGGAUUAUUUUGUCAAUGUAGUAUUUCCUGAAAUAUUUGAUAUUCUCUCAAACACUCAAAAGAAUUGACGAAUAACAAGAAUCUUUAUCAUAAAAAUCUGAUUAGAAACGAACUGAACCCUAGUUUAUGGCCUUACUCCUGCGUGAACGUGUUAUUUACACCCCCGCUACGUGUCCCUCAUUUGACGCUGAUAGAUGCCUGGUGUUGUGUGCUGUGAAUCUCUGUAUCGAAUAAACAAUGGGUUUAUUUGUCCUCUCCUUAAAAAAGAAAAAGCUAUAAUUUCCCUUCAUGUGUACUUGGAUCAUGAAAGUGAAGUCGUUUUUUGCUGUAUCCGUAAACUUUGUGUUGCGUUUCUGUAUUUUGUCAUGUUUGAAAACCGAGGUGAAAGUGUUGUGCCAAACUUUUCCAUCCUCUGUGAGUGUUCGUACUUUCUCUGCUGCUAUUUUAAAAAAUGACAAACCCUUUAGAUAAUUUCCCUCUCUAUGUUAUUGCUGAAAAUAAAGAGCGUCUGCUCAGGCCUGGUGUUCAUAACAUGGAUCUGCACAACAGGAUCACAGACCACCAUCAUGCUCCUGUGGUUUUUUGGAGAAGACACUCCACUGACACCAGUUUGAUACGAUGAUAACUCUUCAUCGUACAAUGGACUUGACUUCAAAAGGGAUUGUGGGGGGAUCACUUUUUUAAAAAAAGUCUUGGCGUUGCUGUUCUCGUUGUUUCUUAUCUUUUUAUCCUGUUGAACUGAGCUUUUCUGUCUGUUUGCCGUGUGUUCAGUAUUCUGUCAGUUUGUUUGUUACAACUAUCAAGUGUCAGACGGAAAUUAAAACCUGCCACAGAAAA